GACUAAUUCAUUAUCAAAAUUUGGACUUAAUUAAAUGAUUUAUUUAAGUUGGAAAUUAUUGUUGUAGUCUAUAUAAAGGAGAACUAUAGACAUUAUUGACAAAGUGCCUCUUCUUUUCAUUUUCACUAUGACAGCACACAUAAUCUUUUGGCUUUUCUUGAUACCAUUCAGCUUAAUAAAUUUCAGCACUAACAAUUUUUCGGUGAAUGGCUAUUAUCUAGGCCAUGAACGUUCCUUGUUGCUCCAUUUGAAAAACAACUUGAUAUUCAACCCCACAAAAUCCUCAAAGUUAGUUCAUUGGAACAAAAGUGAUGAUGAUGAUGAUUGUUGCCAAUGGCAUGGAGUAACAUGCAAAGCUGGACAUGUUACAGCCCUUGAUCUUAGUCAUGAGUAUAUCUCAAAUGGACUUAAUGACUCAAGUGCUCUUUUCAACCUGCAAUCUCUGCAGAGUUUGAACUUGGCUUUUAAUGACUUUUGUUCGAUGAUUCCUCAAGAGCUAUAUAAACUGCAGAAUUUGAGGUAUCUCAACUUGUCUAAUGCUGGAUUUGAGGGACAGGUCCCAAUGGAAAUUUCUCAUCUCAAAAGGCUGGUUACUCUUGAUUUGUCUUCUACAUUUACUUCACAUAACAGUGUAAAACUGGAGAUACCAAAUAUAGCAUUGCUUCUGCGAAAUCUCACAGAUAUGGCAGAAUUGUAUCUAGAUGGUGUAGCAAUUUUUGCCAGAGGAGACGAAUGGGGUCGUGCUCUAUCUUCUUUGAAGGGGCUUCGUGUUUUGAGCAUGACAUCAUGCAAUCUCACUGGACCUAUUGAUUCUUCACUAGAUAAGCUUCAUUCACUGUCUAUUCUAAAAUUGAGCCAUAACAAAUUGUCAAGCAUAGUGCCAUCUUCCUUUGCAAAUUUCUCCAAUUUAACUGUCCUACAACUUAGUAGUUGUGACUUGAAUGGUUAUUUUCCAACAGAUAUCUUCCAAUUACAAACAUUAAAGUUACUUGACAUAUCAGAAAAUCAAUAUCUUCAUGGUUCUUUGCCAAAUUUCCCACCAUUUGCAUCUCUUCACAACUUGAAUCUCCGCAAUACAAAUUUCUUAGGACCGAUUCCAAAUACCAUUUCCAAUCUGAAGCAGUUGUCUACCAUUGAUCUAUCUUACUGCCAAUUCAAUGGAACACUUCCAAGUUCAAUGUCAGAACUCGUCCAACUUGUUUAUCUAGACAUGUCUUCCAAUAACCUCACAGGUCAACUCCCUUUGUUCAAUGCGUCCAAGAAACUCAAAUAUCUAUCCCUAUUUCACAACCAUUUGAGAGGGGAUUUACCAUCCAGCCAUUUCGAUGGCCUCAUAAAUCUUGUAAGCAUCGACUUAGGGUUCAAUUCUUUCACUGGGAAUGUGCCAUCAUCUCUGCUUAAGAUCCCAUGUUUGCGAGAACUGAAGCUUCCGUACAAUCAACUCAGUGGUAUCUUGGGUGAGUUUGACAAUACAUCUUUACCUGUUUUGGAGAUGCUUGAUUUCACCAGUAAUAAUUUUCAUGGGCUUAUUCCUUUGUCUGUCUUUAACCUUCGAACACUUCGUUUCAUUAGCCUUUCUUCCAACAACUUUAGUGGCACGAUAAAGUUGGACGUAAUACGAAGGUUAAGUAAUUUAACUGUACUAGGUCUCUCAUAUAAUGAUCUUUUGGUUGAUGUCAACUUCAAAGAUCAUCAUGACAUGUCAUCCUUUCCAAAGUUGAGAAUUCUACGGUUGGAGUUCUGCAAGCUAUCAGGAAUCCCUAGUUUCUUGAAAAACCAGUCCACAAUAAUCUCUCUUCACCUAUCUAACAACCAGAUUCAAGGACCAAUACCUAAUUGGAUUUGGCAUCUUGAUUCUCUCAUGAACUUGAAUCUUUCCCAUAACUUUUUUACUGAUUUGGAAGGGAGUUUUUCGAACUUCAGUUCUAACCUUUUUGUGAUUGAUCUGAGUUUUAACCAAUUGCAAGGCCCUAUUCCUUUCAUUCCAAAGUACGCAAAUUAUUUGGACUACUCAAGCAACAGAUUUAGCUCUACAAUUCCACCCGACAUCGGAAACCAGCUGGCUUACAUACAAAUCUUGUUUCUUUCAAAUAAUAGUUUUCAAGGAAAAAUUCAUGAAUCUUUCUGUAAUGCAACUAGUCUGAGCCUACUUGAUCUUUCCCACAAUAACUUUGUUGGGACGAUUCCAAAGUGUUUUGCAGCACUGAGUAGUAGUCUCAAAAUGUUGCAUUUUGGUGGAAACAAUUUCCAAGGUCAUAUUGCUAAUUUUAUAUUUCCAAAUUCAUGUGCAUUGAGGUUUUUGGAUCUAAAUGAUAAUCUUUUGGGUAGUACCAUACCAAAGUCCUUGGUCAAUUGCCAAAAACUAGAAGUCCUUAAUCUUGGCAAGAAUGCAUUAACUGGAAAAUUUCCAUGUUUUUUGAGCAAAAUUUCCACACUGAGAAUCAUGGUUUUGAGGUCAAAUAUGUUCCAUGGAUCUAUUGGAUGCCCAAAUAACACCGGUGAUUGGAAGAUGCUUCAUAUCGCUGAUCUUGCCUCCAAUAACUUCAAUGGCACAUUAUCAACGACGCUCUUAAAUAGCUGGAAAGCAAUGAUGCGCGAUGGAGCCAUGCUUGGGCCCGAAUUCGGCCAUUUGUUUUUUCAAAUUCUUAACUAUCAUCCUAUGAGUUUAAAGGAUGCAUUACCUAGUUUUAGAAGCAAAUACCUUGCUAUGAAAAUGGUCAAAAUUGUUGCAAAUAUGUCUCGUUCUUUUCUUGAUCAGGCAUACGUUGAUGGUAAUUCGAUUUCAGUGGAUCGUGGUCGUUAUCAGGAUUCAGUUAUGAUAGUUAACAAAGGUCAGAAGAUGAAGUUGGUGAAAAUUCAAAAGGCCUUCACUUAUGUGGAUAUGUCAAACAACUAUUUGGAAGGGCCGAUACCUGACGAGCUAAUGCAAUUCAAGGCAUUGAAUGCUCUGAACUUAUCACAUAAUGCAUUCCUAGGCCACAUACCAUCAUCUGUGGGGAAUUUGAAGAAUCUUGAGUCUAUGGACUUAUCAAACAACUCCUUGAAUGGAAAUAUUCCUCAAGAGCUUUCAAGUCUAUAUUUCCUUGAAUAUAUGAACCUCUCAUUCAAUCAACUAGUGGGAAAAAUUCCUUUAGGCACUCAAAUUCAAUCAUUUGAUGCAGAUUCCUUUAAAGGGAAUGAAGGAUUAUGUGGAUCUCCACUGACCAACUUAUGUGGACUUCAAUCACCUGCAUCAGAAACACCUCAUUUCGAUAAUGAGAGUUUAAUGGACUUUAGUUUCUUAAGUAUUGAGUUAGGAUUUAUAUCCGGCUUUGUAGUUUUCGUCCUCCCUAUUAUUUGCUGGAAGAAAUUGAGGUUCUGGUAUUCCAAACAUGUUGAUGAAAUGCUUUACAAUUUCAUUCCUCAACUUGAUUUUGUGUAUGCACAACAUCAAGGGAAGUGGUAUAGAACUUUGAGGUGGAGGCACUGAUUGUUUAACUCUUGGUUUGUAUUUCCUAAUAUUUCUAUGUUUACAAGCAGUAUAGUAGUGUCAAAAUAAGGAUUCACUAGAUUGUGUCCAUUUAUUAGUUUGAGCUAGCCUAGUUAGUAAGAAAAUAAUUAAAUAUUAUAUAAAUAUCUUUUUAUCGUAGUUUUCUGUAUGGCUUAUGUUGUGUUCAACUGUAAAUAUUAAUGACAGUUUCAUAUGAUAUCAGAAGACAUAUAUGAUAUCAGAAGAUAUAUCUAAGUUUCAUAUGAGUAAUUUGACUUGGUCUCACAACUCUAUAGGGUAUUGUCUAUUAACUUC